AUGGAGCCAUAUUUUCCUGGGUUUAAGCAUGUGCAGCAGGACUAUGAAGUCACUCUUGAACUUGCAAGCGAGGAGACUCAAAAGACUAGAAAUGCACAAAAUUCUAGGACGGGAUCUUACGGUGUCAGUAUUAGAGUCCAAGGAAUUGAUGGACAUCCUUACAUAGUGCUAAACAAUACAGAAGGAUGUUUGUCAGAAAAUCCUCCUCCUCCUCCUGGAAAAGAACAGCAGGUCAUUUCUCAGACUGUAAGCAAGCCAGCCAUAGACUCCAAUACUGUUUUUAAAUUGGAGGACAAAACCAAUGAACACGCAGAGUUUCCUGGAACACAGCACAUGCAACCCUGUAUGCUUAAAAGCCUAAAGAUAACUAAUCUGGAUGAAAAGGAAGAUGGAAUAUCAGAUUUUAAAGAUGGAUCUGUGAAAUCCUCCAAUUUGUUGAACUUUCAAAGACACCCUGAACUUCUUCAGCCUUACGAUCCUGAAAAGAAUAACUUGAACUUGGAUAAUUGCCAGUCUUCUGUGUGCAGUAAAUCUAAAUCUUUUGUGGAUGAAAAAAGUGAAGCAAAGCCUUGGACUUCCUCUUCUAAAGUAGUAUCCCUACAGAAAACAAAUACAUAUCUUGCAGAACCAGCCCAAGGAAAUUCAAAAAAGAUGCAUUUGAACAGGUCAGUAGAAGACGAAAAUAAACAGCUGUGGAAUUGUCCCAGUAGCACAGUCAGCCCCAACGAAGUGUGUGUUUCAGAAUCAUUUUCAUCUACAGGAGGAUCCCCCUGUGUUAGUCCCACUGCUUAUCCAGAGACAAGAAAACCUAGACCAGAUGUUCUUCCCUUUCGCAGACAAGAUUCAGCUGGGCCAGCAUUGGAUGACUCACGAAGAUCAUCUUCCUCAUCAGCUACUCCCACUUCUGCAAAUUCCUUAUACAGAUUUUUACUUGAUGACCAAGAGUAUGCCAUCUAUGCAGACAACGUUAAUCGACAUGAAAACAGAAGAUAUAUUCCGUUUUUGCCCGGAACUGGUCGUGAUAUUGAUACUGGGUCACUACCAGGAGUAGAUCAGCUAAUUGAAAAGUUUGAUAAGAAAGUUGAUCCUCACAGAAGAGGUAGGUCAGGAAAGAGGUACAGAAUUCAUCCAGAUGAUCGUAAAAGAUCAAGAAGCGUUGAUAGUGCCUUGUCGUUAGAGCUUGAUGUAAAUUCAGAUUAUCUAGGUGAAUUCAAUAAAAGUGUGGGUAAGUCAGCUGAGCACUUACUGAGGCCAUCUAAAGUUUGCCUUCACAAGCAGUUAUCUAGAGAUCAAAAGUCACCUUCCAAAGAGAUGAAGAUUUCUGCUCGAAGUAUUGGAAAACUGCAAAUGCCUGAUAAAGACACUCAGAACAGCAGUUUCAAUUCUUUGCAAUACCAUAAACAAAAUGGACCUGAAACUGAGAGCUCGAUGUUUAGGUCAUGUACACUUCCAGGGCAGAAUAAGAGAGAGGAAGUUAGAACAGUAACUUCUACUUUGUUGUUGCCAAACCGAAUUACAAUACCACCUGAUUCAGGAGCCAAGACUUCUGUAAAAACAUUUUCAUCUGCCCCUAACAUACAGGCAACUCCUGAUCUCUUAAAAGGCCAACAAGAUCUUGCACAGCAAACAAAUGAAGAGACUGCUAAACAGAUACUUUACAGUUACCUUAAGGAAGGAAGUGCUGAUAAUGAUGAUGCAACAAAAAGGAAAGUCAACUUGGUUUUUGAGAAAAUUCAGACUUUGAAGUCAAGAGCUGCUGGAAAGUCACCGGUUUCAGAUUCUUCAGCCGAAGUAAAAGCAUUGGUGGAACAAAAAGCAGAACUUGAAAGGAAAGUGGAAGAAUUAGAGAAAAAACUGGAUCUAGAAAUUCAGAAUCGGCAAGAUUCCAAAGAAGAGAGAGAUGCUACGCGAGCAAGCCUGAAAGAUCUUCAGCUGCAACUUGAUGAAAAUAUACGUGAAAAAGAAGCCUUAAAAAAGCAACUGGAAGAAAAUGAGAAGGAACUCAGACAUAACCUAGAGGAGCUUUUUCAAGUGAAGAUGGAGCAGGAGCAACACCAGACUGAGAUCAGAGAUCUUCAAGACCAACUCUCUGAGAUGCAUGAUGAACUGGAUAGUGCAAAACAUACUGAUGAAGGGGAGAAAGAGGUUCUGAUUGAGGAGCUGAUGCAAAUGAAGCAGGAUCUGCAAGAGGUAUUAAUAGCAAAAGAUCAACAAGAAGAGAUUUUGAGAAAAAGAGAGAGAGAGCUUACAGCUUUAAAGGGAGCACUAAAAGAAGAAGUAUCUAGCCAUGACAUGGAGUUGGAUAAACUUAAAGAGCAACAUGAUAAAGAAUUACUCCAUCUACAACAGAGCCUGGAGAAAGCAACAGAG